AUAAUAAGUCAGGAGUUAGGACCCAGAGAUGUUUUAGCCUCACAAGACCUGACAGCUCACUGGGCAUCAGUGAAGUGCACUUUAAGAAACCCACACGGAAGGGAGAUGACCUGUGACUAUUUUCAUCUCAGGCAGCUGGUCAUGAUCCCCUUGGGUUCCAUCUGGACUUUGAACCACUUGUAUUUUGUUUUCCAAUCCUGCUCCUUUCCCGGGGCAAUGCUGUGUGGUUGAAAGGAAGAAAUCACCUCUCUAAAGCAGACAUCAUGCCAGGCUUUUUCAUGGUCCUUCUGGUUCUCAGUGUCACUCUCUCAGGUUCCCGGGUGACUCUUACAGCCACCGAAGGACUCAGCUCCAUAGCCGAACAUGAAGACGCCCUCCUCAGACAUUUGUUCCAAGGUUAUCAGAAAUGGGUUCGCCCUGUGCUGAAUUCCAGUGACACCAUAAAAGUGUAUUUUGGAUUGAAAAUAUCUCAGCUUGUGGAUGUGGAUGAAAAGAAUCAGCUGAUGACAACCAAUGUGUGGCUCAAGCAGGAAUGGACAGACCAAAAAUUACGCUGGAAUCCCGAAGAAUAUGGUGGAAUUAAUUCGAUCAAGGUUCCGUCAGAAUCGCUCUGGCUUCCUGACAUAGUUCUCUUUGAAAAUGCUGACGGACGUUUCGAAGGUUCCCUCAUGACCAAGGCCAUUGUGAAAUCCAGUGGGACCGUCAGCUGGACUCCCCCUGCCAGCUACAAAAGCUCCUGUACCAUGGACGUCACGUUUUUCCCAUUCGACAGGCAGAACUGCUCCAUGAAGUUUGGAUCCUGGACUUACGACGGGAACAUGGUGGACCUCAUUCUGAUCCACGAAAAUGUUGACCGGAAAGACUUCUUUGAUAACGGAGAGUGGGAGAUACUAAAUGCCAAGGGGAUGAAGGGCAACCGAAGAGAAGGUGUUUUCUACCCGUUUGUGACCUACUCUUUUGUUCUGAGACGCCUGCCGUUGUUUUACACGCUCUUUUUGAUUAUCCCCUGCCUGGGGCUGUCUUUUCUCACGGUCCUGGUGUUCUACUUACCUUCUGAUGAAGGGGAAAAGCUUUCACUCUCAACCUCGGUUUUGGUUUCUUUGACGGUGUUUCUUUUAGUAAUUGAAGAAAUAAUCCCGUCUUCUUCGAAAGUCAUCCCUCUCAUUGGGGAGUACCUCCUCUUCAUUAUGAUUUUUGUUACCCUGUCCAUUAUUGUCACAGUUUUCGUCAUUAACGUUCACCACAGAUCUUCUUCAACCUACCAUCCCAUGGCCCCCUGGGUGAAGAGGCUGUUUCUGCAAAAACUCCCGAGAUGGCUUUGCAUGAAGGACCCCAUGGAUCGCUUCUCCUUCCCCGAUGGAGAGGAGAGGAAAGCAGCCGUGAGAGGCAAAGUCUCAGGGAAAAAGAAACAGACGGCUGUUAGUGAUGGAGAAAGAGUUCUGGUCACUUUCCUGGAAAGGGCGGCUGAGUCCAUCAGAUACAUUUCAAGGCACGUGAAGAAGGAGCAUUUCAUCAGCCAGGUAGUGCAAGACUGGAAAUUUGUGGCUCAAGUUCUUGACCGGAUCUUCCUGUGGCUCUUUCUGACGGUUUCAGUUUUGGGCUCCAUUCUGAUUUUUAUUCCAGCCUUGAAGAUGUGGCUGCACCGUUUCCAUUAGGAACGACUCUCCAGAUCCAUUUAGAAGACACGCAGAGAUGAGUCUCACCUUAGGACUCACGGCUGCUGGCAUGUUCACAGAACACAGACAUAUGCACUAGCUGUAGUGUCCUCAUCCUGUCACCUGAGCUUCCUGUGAUGGAAGGACUCCGAGAAAAUGUCGCUUUGAUCUAAUGUGAUGGGUUGCUGCCCUUGGAAAUGGAUUUGGACAAUUCAAGGGGGACUCCAAGUUACAUUCAUGAGGCCCCAAACUCCUGCACAUCUCUAUCCCCUGAACUCCUGCAUCUGCUUAUCCCCUGGACUCUUCCAUCAGCUCAUCCCCAAAUGCCUGCAUUUUGCCCAUCCUGGUACUCCUGGUAUCUUCCCAGACUUGGUGGUUGGCCUGAGCUGCAUACUGGUGCCAUGUGGUACUUCUCUACCAGUGUGGGUGAACACAUUUCGACAACAGUUUCAGGAUUUAUAUAGGUACAAUUCUUGGCCUAGAACACUGUAAGUACAAUGGUCCAAGAUGCCACUUGUCAAUGAAUGUCCCACCAAUAUGGCGUUCGUUGGAAAUGAUCUUGAUUGGCUAUGACAGCUCUCUAAGAUGAGUAUUACUAGAAGUUUGUUGAUUUCGUUGCAAUGCUUUUCUAACGGUGCAAAUAGGAGCUCUGGUGAUUUGUGACUUGCUGUGAGAUCUCAUCAAAAUAACUUAGAACAGAAAAGCAGUCAUUAGUUACUAGGACUACGUUCAUUAAUACAUGUCUUUCUGCUCUUAGGAAAUGAAGAGUGCUUAAUAUUCUUUGAUCAUGAUUUUGGAUAAUGUCUUAGCCAGUGUUGUAUUGCCAUGAAGAGACACUGUGAUCACUAAAACUGUUAUCA